AUGAUUCCUUAUGAAACAUUAAAAAUAAUUUUUGACUAUCUUGAUUAUAAUGAUUUGAAAUCAUUCUCAUUAACAUGUAGGGUUAUAAAGGAAGCAUAUAUACGUUAUAUGUACCCUAACCCUAAACGAGAUGUGUUUGUUUCUGAAAAUAUUCUGAGUCCUACAAUUUUUAGAUUUAAUACUUUGAUUUUAACAAAAAAAUUUAAGAUUCCAGAUUUUGUUAUUUUCGAUAAAGAUUUAUUACCAUGUGAUCAUUGUGGUUCAAGUGUUUGUUGUAGUAUAGAGAAACCAUGCACACGAUGUGUAAGUUCUAAGAAAAAAUGUACAUAUGGGAAUGUUAGAAACCCUAAAAAACGUAUAACUUUCAAAGAUAACAGAUACUAUUGUACAUCACCAUUUAACAUAUCACAAAAACUUGUUUGUAUUAAAAAAGAAAAUAUUGGUAAAAGUAUUUGUGAGAAAUGUAAAAAGUUGAAAAAAUGUUGGUAUAAUAAUGUGUUUAAUAACUGUAGUGUUCCAAAUUGCAACUUACAGAGAAAUUCAGAUACUAUAAACACAUUACAACAUUGGUCUAUUUAUCAUCUUCAUAAUCUAUGUCAACCAUGUUUUAAAACUUUUCCAGAUCAUUUUGAUGUACGAUUUGAGAAGAACUCAAUUUGGUUAGGAGAUUAA